AUGAGCCGGAGGAGCAGUAGCAGCCCCAGCCUGUGGACCGUACUGCCUCAGAGUGGCCCUGCACCAUGUAACCGCUACAAGCACGCCUGCUGCUCCUACGGGGGCAGUGUCUUUGUGUUGGGAGGGAGGGAGAGCCACUCGCUCAGGGACUUCUGGAGGUAUAAUGUUGGUAAGUGACUAGUCUCUGUUGACAGACUGUUAACAUAGCUGGCCAGCAUGCAUGCAAGAUUUUCUUCUGGGUUCCUUCCAAGAUUAGUAAGUGUCAGAUACACUAUACUUUUUCUAAGUCAUAAUUAUUAUAGCUUUCUUUAUAUUAUGACCUGGUCUGCUACAAUCUGUUUAUGUCAGUUAUGCAGACUGUGAUUCAAUCGUUAUAACAGUGUUAUACAGUGAUGUUAUUACACAUUAGGACUGUAGGUAUGGACCUAACCACUGUCUAUCUAGUAUGCAAUGAGUGGACAGAGUUGGACUGUAGCUGUGAGGCAGCACCUGAGGCGCUUCAAGAACAUUCCAUGGUGGCCUAUCAGGUAGGGUGUUAUCUAUGUCAUAUGUAUGGUUAUAUCAAGGUAAUAUCAAUGUCAUUGUAUCUCAGACUGCUUAGCAUUGCUGUACAUGGUCGGCUUCAUGUAGCUCGAUGUUGAUUGUAAAUACAUUAUCUUUACAGGGUGUUCUGUAUGUCUUCGGUGGAAUGAUUGAUUCUGCGUACACUAUAUGGAAAACCCCCCUCUGGUUGUUUGAUAUUGGUAAAUUCCACUGUGGUCAACAUACACCUCAAUAACUACUGACACAACCAUAAUGAUCCAACAACAUCCAAAACGCAUCUACUCCUCACAAGAAAGGGGUGCUAAAACAUGUUCAAACUUGUAUCUGACAUUUAAAAUCCUACCUGACAACAUAAGAAGUUGGUACUAGUUCACAGUUCUCAUAGGGAGUGACUCCAAAGAAAAGCUGCCAUACUGACUUUGUUUCUGAGUUCUGCACAGUUUUCAGUGUCCUUUCUCGUAUCUCUUGCAGUGAAAGAGCAGUGGGUGUCCUGGCAGGAAAGGAACCCCCCUCAGGUAUGUAUUGUAAUAGUAAACACUCCACAUACUAGGGAAAUUGAGAGUGAUAAUGUAACCAUGCUCAUUUUCCACAGCUUGCACCACUAUAAAUUAUUAAAAGAACAGUACAUAUUAAUUUGCAUACCCUCUCAUAUCAAGUAUGCUUUUAACUGAAAUGAAUGAAAAACAAAAUCUAUUGAUUAACUAAAUGUAACAACAGCAUAUGGCAGCUCUAUAAACUGGCCCAUAGCAUGAUGAAUAGUAGUAGCUGAUCGGGUAGGGUUCCCACGCCUUGUUACUGAUAUUGAUGACAUCCCUCAUGGCCAUCCAUAUGCUAACAUGUUAACAGAACCAGGUGCCAGUCAACAGGAAGGGCCACAGUGCCGUGGUGUUUAGCUCUGCCAUGUACAUCUACGGAGGAUACAUUGACAUGAGAGCCUCAUCACAGGAGUUCUGGAAGUUAGAAUUUGGUGAGUUAGACGUUUUCUAUGGAUAGAUCAUUUGGUUUUCGUGAUUAUCAUUUAAUAACAACACAUUGCUGUCCCAUUUCCAGAGAAAACAAUAAUGAUGUCAUGACUGUAAUAAGUUUAUCAUUUACCAACACUUCACUUAACAAUGCUUGUGUGUGUGUGUGUCCAUCCAUGUGUGUGUCAGACACUAUGUUGUGGUCCCUGCUGGACUGUACCCAGACGGAGGUGGGUCCUGGUCCCAGACACAGCCACUCUGCCAUGACCCACCUGGACUGCAUGUACCUGUUCGGGGGUCUGAGAGGCCUGAGGGAGCAGAGGGAUCUGUGGAGAUGGAACUAUACCAGUCAUUCCUGGAGCUGUCUGAAAGCCACGUGAGUGAUCUCUCUCUCUCUCUCUCUCUCUCUCUCUCUCUCUCUCUCUGCCUCUGGGGUUUCACUGGAUACUGCAGAUCUAUGAAAAUAGUUUUCAAGGGUUCAGGCACUGACACCUUUAGGACUAUUCCAUUGGUUCCAUUGUACUGGGCAAGCUAAAUCAAGCUCCCGUCAAGUAUUUGAAAGUAUUUGAAAUCAUGUAUUUGACCCAGGUCUGCUUCAGGCACUGACAACCUCAAUAGCCUUAUGGAGGGCAAUAACAUGUAAAUUAUAAUUUCUCUUUAUGGGCUCAGUUGUUUUUUGUGGCAAUUUGUUCAGCGUUUCUACUCUCAACAGGAAAUGCAAAACAGCUGAAACCAGACAAUGUUAUCUGGCGCCUAGCCACCAGAUUAAUUUGCUUAACCUGUAGCAUUAACCUCUCACAAACCUCUAGUGUGGAACCCCGUAUUAUCGGCAUAUUCAACAGCGUUUAAGAAAUAUAUUACCUUCAACAGUGUUAUCUUGUGAUCAAGCCAUCAAAGUGGUGUCGUAAAAAUGUUAGCUAACAGGUUAGCAAUUAGCAUGUUUGACAUUUCAGUGGAAAUACUACUAUUAUCAGCUUUUUGAUAAGCGGUUUAGCAAAAAUAAUAUGUCCCGUAUUAUCGGCAUACGGUCCCCAGUUAUCGACCACCUUACUAUUUUGUUCAAUUACAAGAUAUAUCGGUUUAAUUUUAUAGAAAAAAGAGACACCAACCUCGUAUCCGAAAUGUUUACUAGAUAGUUGACUAGUUGGCUAGCUUCUGGUAAAAAAUUAUGACUUGCCUGUCAACUUUUCAUUGCGUAGCCCGGUGCGCCCUCCAGUGGACUCUUAAGAAAUGGUUCUACACCAACAUAUUCAGUGUUGUAACCAAAUAAUGUCUCAUCGUUUGUUUUACAGAUUAAUCUUAUGUUUUGAGAAAGUAGAUAACAGUUGAAUACUAAAAUAUAAGUUUUAAUAAUUUACAUCAAAUAAAACUUUAAUUUCAGUUAUGUAUAUUGACAUAAACAAUGAAAACACUGUUGGAGUUUGUGUUGCAGAGAUGCACUUGGAAAGUAAAGGAAGAAAUACACAAGAUGGAUUGAAUAAAUAUAUAUAUAUUAUAUUUUAGACAUACAUUUUUUUGUACAAAUAAAUAAUUUCAUAUAGUACACAAACAAAACAAACAAUUAAAUCUCGACCUCCAUCCCUAUAUUGUCACAAAAAUCACAAUAAAAAUCCAGCUCCACUGCUACCUCUGGAUCCCACUGCACACACCUGCAGUGGAACCAGUGCUGGCAGAAGUCACAGCACAUCCAUGGCACCUCGGAUCUGAGGGGAGCUUGCAGGCGGAUCAUGCUCCCCGCAGCGAGCACAGCAGGUGGUGUCUUCUUUUAUAAAAAAUUAAAUAAUAAUAAAAAUCGAUUAAUAUGGUUUUGCAAAAUGUAGAAGUUAUUCAACAACAAUAGUAAUUGAUACAACUGAGAGAGAGAGAGAAAAACAGAUUAUGAAGUACCUGAGAGUGGUGCCAUGGGUGGCGUGACCAGUGGAGCUUUUCUCUUCCUUUUCUGUGCUGCAGUUUGAGAAAAAGUAGUGUUAGACAGAGCAUGUUGCAUAAAAACCCUUUUCUACUUUUCUACAUCAAUACCUCUGGAGGAAGCUGCAGAAGUUUUGGAGGAGGUGGAGAUUACUUGAGGGCUGGUGCUAUGGACUGUAGAUAUGUAAAGAGAGACCUCCAGGUCCAUGUGGCUCUUGUGCCCAUCGAAGAGGAGAAGGAGAAGGCGCUCCUUCACUGCAUGCUUAAUGAAGUGCUGAAACCACUUCCUGAACAGGUCCCCUUCAAUGUAGCCACUGUUUGACCGUCCAUACAAGGCUUGGGGGGGGACUCCCAGUGUGUAGUGGCCACCGGGGAAACACUUGGGGUAGAUGAUAAAUGGGGGGAUGUCCUCCCCAGCUGCAUUGAAGCAUGCCAGCACUGUGAUGUGCUCCUAGGUCCCCGGAGCCUGCUGGUACACGUGUUCUGCGCCCCGGGGAGCCAGCACUUUGUGCCUGCUCUGGUCGCUACGAAACCCAGACUCAUCGCAGUUAUAGAUUUGUCUGGGUUUCUCCCUCAACCCACUCUCCUCCAAGUGCUUCUCAUAACAAGUGAAGAAGGUGUCCAUCGUCGGAUGUGUGGCACACUCAGCUCUCUCCCUGUCCAGGGUGUCCAGCCUCCUCAUGCUCAGGUUCUUGUGCCUCCUCCUGAACAUUUCCCACCACCUCCUCCCCAGUGGUGGGAUUGUUUCCCCUGGGUGCCGAAACCUAUAAUAGAAUAGAAUAUAUAAUUGUCCAACCAGGAUGAAAAUGUUUGUUUUGGCAUCACCAUACACAGCCACAUUUACCUCACACACAUUGAGAACAGUCAGUCCACCAAUCUACAUACAUAAAAAAAAAAAAUUACAUUUACAUUUACAUUUUCGUCAUUUAGCAGACACUCUUAUCCAGAGCGACUUACAAAUUGGUGCAUUCACCUUAUGAUAGAUUUUUUUUGGGGGUGGGGUAAGGGGGGAUAGAAGGAUUACUUUAUCCUAUCCCAGGUAUUCCUUAAAGAGGUGGGGUUUCAAGUGUCUCCGGAAGGUGGUGAGUGACUCCGCUGUCCUGGCGUCGUGAGGGAGCUUGUUCCACCAUUGGGGUGCCAGAGCAGCGAACAGUUUUGACUGGGCUGAGCGGGAACUGUGCUUCCGCAGAGGUAGGGGGGCCAGCAGGCCAGAGGUGGAUGAACACAAUGCCCUCGUUUGGGUGUAGGGACUGAUCAGAGCCUGAAGGUACGGAGGUGCCGUUCCCCUCACAGCUCCGUAGGCAAGCACCAUGGUCUUGUAGCAGAUGCGAGCUUCAACUGGAAGCCAGUGGAGUGUGCAGAGGAGCGGAGUGACGUGAGAGAACUUGGGAAGGUUGAACACCAGACGGGCUGCAGCGUUCUGGAUGAGUUGUAGGGGUUUAAUGGCACAGGCAGGGAGCCCAGCCAACAGCGAGUUGCAGUAAUCCAGACGGGAGAUGACAAGUGCCUGGAUUAGGACCUGGCCGCUUCCUGUGUAAGGCAGGGUCGUACUCUGCGAAUGUUGUAGAGCAUGAACCUACAGGAUCGGGUCACCGCCUUGAUGUUAGCGGAGAACGACAGGGUGUUGUCCAGGGUCACGCCAAGGCUCUUUGCACUCUGGGAGGAGGACACAACGGAGUUGUCAACCGUGAUGGCGAGAUCAUGGAACGGGCAGUCCUUCCCCGGGAGGAAGAGCAGCUCCGUCUUGCCGAGGUUCAGCUUGAGGUGGUGAUCCGUCAUCCACACUGAUAUGUCUGCCAGACAUGCAGAGAUGCGAUUCGCCACCUGGUUAUCAGAAGGGGGAAAGGAGAAGAUUAAUUGUGUGUCGUCUGCGUAGCAAUGAUAGGAGAGGCCAUGUGAGGAUAUGACAGAGCCAAGUGACUUGGUGUAUAGCGAGAAUAGGAGAGGGCCUAGAACUGAGCCCUGGGGGACACCAGUGGUGAGAGCACGUGGUGCGGAGACAGAUUCUCGCCACGCUACCUGGAAGGAGCGACCUGUCAGGUAGGACCCAAUCGAAGAGUGAGCCGCGCCGGAGAUGCCCAACUCGGAGAGGGUGGAGAGGAGGAUCUGAUGGUUCACAGUAUCAAAGGCAGCAGAUAGGUCUAGAACAGGGGUGUCAAACGUCCGGCCCGCGGGCCGGAUCAGGCCCGCAAACGGGUUUAAUCCGGCCCGCGAGAUGAUUUUGUAAAGUAUAAAAAUGAGCUGCAAUUUUACAAUAAAAUAAACUGCUGUUCCAAUUGUGUCCACUGGAUGGCGCAAUAGCAAUUGUGUUAAGCAAGCAAACUGUUUAUACCGGGGCAGAGCAAAUAGGUCAAGCAAGUGCAGCCAGUCCGGAUGAGCUACUUUGUUUUGCCCGCGAUAUUUAUUACGGCUUCUACUUUUAACAUUAUGUGCUUUGGCACCCUCAUUGCCCCAAUAUGUCUCUGUCAAAAAAGAGAAAAGUGGACGCAGAGUGUUCCAAGAAGAAUUGUCAUCCUUCUAUUUAUUCACGGAAUUGAAUGGGAAAGCUGUAUGUUUGGUGUGUUCACAGCAUGUUGCAGUGCUGAAAGAAUAUAACCUUCGUCGCCACUAUGUGAGUCUUCAUGCCGACAAAUAUGACAACUUUCAAGGACAGCGGAGAAGAGAGAAGGUGAAUGAACUGUUGGUGGGUCUGAAGAAACAGCAGUCUGUGUUUACUCACAGCCGAGACAUCAGUGACGCUGCAGUGAAAGCUAGCUACCUCAUUGCUAAUGAAAUCGCAGUGGCUUCAAAACCAUUUAGUGAGGGUGAAUUUGUAAAAACAUGCAUGAUGAAGGCAGCGGAGAUUGUGUGCCCUGAAAAGCACCAGGCUUUUGCAAAUAUCAGCCUGACAAGAAACACAGUUGCAGACAGGAUUUCCGAUCUUUCAGUGGAUUUGGACAGCCAGUUGAAGCAAAAAGUAAAGUCAUUUAUUGCGUUUUCGGUUGCAAUUGAUGAAAGCACGGACAUUACAGAUGUUGCACAACUGGCCAUUUUCAUCCGCGGAGUUGAUGACACAUUGACCGUCACGGAGGAGUUCGUGGAGUUGGUGCCGAUGACAGAUACAACGACAGCAGCUGAUAUUUUCACUGCACUCGUCGGCGCGCUGGACAGGGUCGGAGUGGACUGGUCCCGCGCUGUCAGCCUGGCUACAGAUGGUGCGCCCUCAAUUAUCGGGAAAAAAGCAGCUGGCUUGGACACAUUUUAUCAGAAUCUCUUGCCAGGUUACCCCAACUUGACAGCCCUCGCUGCAAAACUGUUGUGCAUGUUUGGAACCACAUAUCUUUGUGAGCAAGUUCUCUGUAAUGAGCAUAAAUAAAACAAAGCUGCGCUCAAGGCUCAUGCACAAGCUCUUGAAUCACAUCCUGAAGUUGGCUGCCACUCAGGAUGUGACGCCUGAUAUUGAUGCGCUGGUGAAAGCUAAAAGAUGCCAGGUAUCAGGAGUCAAAUAAACUAUGCAACCCCACUUAAAGUGCUGCAUGAGACACCCUGAUAUAGUUCUGUGAUCUGUGAUAUACUUCUGUGAAUCACUGAGGCAUUGUGUGUUUGUGUGUUCUUUUUCUUUUGAAUUUUCAAAUAAACUUCAGGUGUUUUAUGAUUAACAGUGAUGUUGUGCUUGUACUAUUUUGGACACACUGUCCUCAGGCUCCAGCUUUAUGUUUUAUGUUGAUAGUAUUAAAACAAAGAAAACAAUCUGAAGUUGUUGUUUUUAAGUUAUAUAUACCAUGAUUUUACCGGUCCGGCCCACUUGGGAAUAGAUUUUCCUCCAUGUGGCCCCUGAGCUAAAAUGAGUUUGACACCCCUGGUCUAGAAGGACAAGAGCAGAGGAGAGAGAGUUAGCUUUAGCAGUGCGGAGAGCAUCCGUGACACAGAGAAGAGCAGUCUCAGUUGAAUGACCAGUCUUGAAACCUGACUGGUUUGGAUCAAGAAGGUCAUUCUGAGAGAGAUAGCAAGAGAGUUGGCUAAAGACAGCACGCUCAAGAGUUUUGGAGAGAAAAGAAAGAAGGGAUACUGGUCUGUAGUUGUUGACAUCGGAGGGAUCGAGUGUAGGUUUUUUGAGAAGGGGUGCAAUUCUCGCUCUCUUGAAGACGGAAGGGACAUGGCCAGGGGUCAAGGAUGAGUUGAUGAGCGAGGUGAGGUAAGGGAGAAGGUCUCCGGAAAUGGUCUGGAGAAGAGAGGAGGGGAUAGGGUCAAGCGGGCAGGAUGUUGGGCGGCCGGCCGUCACAAGUCGCAAGAUUUCAUCUGGAGAGAGAGGGGAGAAAGAAGUCAAAGCAUAGGGUAGGGCAGUUUGAGCAGGACCAGCGGUGUCAUUUGACUUAACAAACGAGGAUUGGAUGUCGUCAACCUUCUUUUCAAAAUGGUUGACGAAGUCAUCCACAGAGAGGGAGGAGGGGGGGGAGGAGGGGGAGGAGGAUUCAGCAGGGAGGAGAAGGUGGCAAAGAGCUUCCUAGGUUUAGAGGCAGAUGCUUGGAAUUUAGAGUGGUAGAAGGUGGCUUUAGCAGCAGAAACAGAGGAAGAAAAUGUAGAGAGGAGGGAGUGAAAAGAUGCCAGGUCCGCAGGGAGUCUAGUUUUCCUCCAUUUCCGCUCAGCUGCCCGGAGCCCUGUUCUGUGAGCUCGCAAUGAGUCAUCAAGCCACGGAGCAGGAGGGGAGGACCGAGCCGGCCGGGAGGAUAGGGGACAUAGAGAGUCAAAGGAUGCAGAAAGGGAGGAGAGGAGGGUUGAGGAGGCAGAAUCAGGAGAUUGGAGGGAGAAGGAUUGAGCAGAGGGAAGAGAUGAUAGGAUGGAAGAGGAGAGAGUAGCGGGAGAGAGAGAGCGAAGGUUGUGACGGCGCAUUAUCAUCUGAGUAGGGGCAGAGUGAGUAGUGUUGGAGGAGAGCGAGAGAGAAAAGGAUACAAAGUAGUGGUCGGAGACUUGGAGGGGAGUUGCAGUGAGAUUAGUAGAAGAACAGCAUCUAGUAAAGAUGAGGUCAAGCGUAUUGCCUGCCUUGUGAGUAGAGGGGGACGGUGAGAGGGUGAGGUCAAAAGAGGAGAGGAGUGGAAAGGAGGCAGAGAGAAAGUAGUCAAAGGUAGACGUAGGGAGGUUAAAGUCACCCAGAACUAUGAGGGGUGAGCCAUCCUCAGGAAAGGAACUUAUCAAUGCGUCAAGCUCAUUGAUGAACUCUCCAAGGGAACCUGGAGGGCGAUAAAUGAUAAGGAUGUUAAGCUUGAAUGGGCUAGUGACUGUGACAGCAUGGAAUUCAAAUGAGGAGAUAGACAGAUGGGUCAGGGGAGAAAGAGAGAAUGUCCACUUGGGAGAGAUGAGGAUUCCUGUGCCACCACCCCGCUGACCAGAUGCUAUCGGGGUAUGCGAGAACACAUACAUAAACACAUAAAACACCAAAUACUCUCAGGGUAUACAUACAUAAACACAUAAAACACCAAAUACCUGCGUAUUUUGUCGGCGUAUUUCAUCAGCUUCUGUCUGGUGAAGGGGAUCCCAUGGCUGGGGCAGUAGAUACAGUACUGCACCAGAGAAUUUUCAUCCUCUGGUGCAAGCAAUGUGGGUGGUCCACUGCAACAACCAUGGGUCACCCGGCCGCUCAGCCUGUCCGCCAGGGUCUGCCGAGGUACACCAUGCACCUUGGUAGAUAAGAAAAACUGUUACUAGCAGAUCAAAUUCACAUACACAUGGUAAUCUCCUAAAAACAAAAGAUGCCUAAUCUUGGCAGCCUGGCGGAUAGCCAUCCCUGCCCCGCAGUCCUCCAUGGCAUGGAACAUGUCCACCUCACUCCACUGCUUCCUCUUGACUUUCUCCAUGCUGUGGUGUUAAUACAUGUAGCUAAAUAACUUUGCAUACUAUACACAUUUUAGAAAGAUAACUCAAUCUGAAUAUGUAUAAACAUUUACAUUUCAAAUCUAAGGCAUUGAAAGGUGAUGAAAGUUUUCACAAUAACUGAAAGUGUACCCACGUUUUUUGUUUGAUGUUUUCUGUAAUGAAAAUGUGUGUCCCAAUUAGAUUAAUAUUGAUGCAUACAUUGUAACAUUUGACUAAAUACUGCCUCUAUGUAGCUGUUGUAAGAUGAAACAUAGCCAACAGUGAUGUGUAAAAAAGUUCAUGGUUCGAAGUUCCAAAUACAUUUUUGCAGAUUGUGCAAAACGCCUCCGUCAUAGGACUCCAAUUUUGAUACGGUAAAGCUUGACAACAUUCAGCUGUUUUCGUGAUAUGUAUUAUCUAACGCUUACAAUUUCUUUCCUUUUUGCUUACUUAGCAGUUCUAUCAACAUUUAGCAACUAAGCUAGCAACAUUAGAAAAUCCGUUAGCUAUAUUUCAGAGGUAAAAAGUUGGAUAUUAAAUGAUGUGUGGUCUGUCGCGCAGUCUAAUUUUACAAUAUGCAGCGUGUUCCACAAAAUGUGUACAUAUAUAACUUUUUUGAAAACUCUCAAAACCUAACUUAACUUACAUAAAUUGCACUGAAAAUCGGUGGUCAGCUAGCUAGAAGGGUGUCAUUAGUCGCAAAACUUACCGUUCUUUUCCAGUCCAUUUAAAUGUUGAGCUCGAGGUGAUUUAGUCCUCCAACCGCUAGAGAGUGUCCGAAGUUAGGGGCUGUCUGAUGUUGGGGGAAAAUUAGCUAUCGUCAUUCACUUUCAAUUGUUACAUUUGAAUAAAUCAUUUGGAUCUAUUGUGCAGUUUAUGUACACACAGCACAUGGAGUAAAUCAACAAUCUAAAUGAUAUUAUCUUUUCCAUACAAAGCAAAAAAACUAACAAUAGACGAAUUGUGUCGGUUGUUUAACCAUGCGUUGUGUUGUUUUUCCUUCCUUCCUGUCUGUCCUGUGGAUGUGUUAUACAGGUCAGGCCCCUCUAAGCUGGUGGGCCACUCAGCAUUGGUCUACCGGGACAGCAUGCUUCUGUUUGGAGGAGGAGAGAGCCAGCACACCCCCAGGAGCUGUCUAUGGAGGUACAGCUUCACCAUUCAGACCUAAGUCACUCUACACAUUUUGAAUGGCGUUUCUAUCUUAAACGGUGUAAGAGAAAUAGUGUCCUAAAUUUACAUUUUACAUUUUAGUCAUUUAGCAGACGCUCUUAUCCAGAGCGACCUACAGUUAGUGAGUGCAUACAUUUUCAUACUGGCCCCCCGUGGGAAAUAAUAAUAAAUAAUAGUAAUAACUAUAAGUCAGAAGUAAGAGAAAGAUCUAGAGUGUGCUUGCUGAAGCAAGCUACACUGAAUAUAUAAUAUAAUAAUAUAAGAUAUGUAAUUUUGCAGAUGCUUUUCAUCCACAGGUACAGCUUCACCACCCAGACCUGGGGUAAGCUAGCCGUGCUACCCGGCUCCAACCCACCUCCCCACAGGAUCUACCACUGCUGUGCCGGCCUGGGCCCCAACUACCAGCCUGCCGUGACCACCACCACCAGCACCACCCUGACCCCCAGCACCACCAUCAGAAAUAGCCUGGACAGCAAGAUACGGCCGUUCAAGAACAAAUGCUUCCCAUCCUCCUCAGAGACAGAGGGCACUAUAGAGCUGGAGACGUUUAGUAGCUCGGAGAAGCUAUUCACUGAAGUGGGGGACUAUUGUAAUGGUCUAAGUAGGAAGGACGCUCAGCGGAUCGAGAACUGUCUGACCUUUGAGAACCAGGAGGCCUUCAGUAAACAGUGGAGCUGUGAGGAUAUGGAGGAGGAUGGUUCAGGUAAACCAGAGGAGAGCCAUGAGAGCAUUGCACAAAACCUGCCUGAUUUGCUACUGGUGCUGGGGGGAAAGCCCUUAGUUGGACAUACGGUCAUAUCUGUGUGGCAGAUGACACUGGCUGACCUCUGACCUUUGACCUCUGACCCAGAGAGAGAGGGAUGGCAUUUUGUAAACUAUUUAAAAGAAAACUCGAUAUAUUCUAUGGAAAUGUAUCACAAAGCGGGGGGGUGAUGCAGCUGCAUAGCGUUCCCCUGCUAAGGUGUAAUUAGUCCACAUAAUUUUGACUGAGUCCCAAAUAUACUGUACAUAUCUUAAUCUUUGUUAAUUCAGCUGAAUAAUCAUUCAGAUUUAAGAAAACAAUUCAGCAAAUCUAUUUAGCAGAUUAUUUUUUAUUUUAUUUUUAACCUAUUGUGAUGAGUGUGAUGAAAGGAGUUAGGCGCAGGAGGGUAAACACCGAAUACAGAGUUUAUUCCUUCGUUGACACAUAAAUGCGCUCAAAUAGCGAUCAACGAAACAGGCACAGGGGAAACUCUAAUCCCUGGCAAUACACUGUAACGGUAGAAUCCAAUAAAAUAUAGGCACAGGGGAAAAUCUACCCUGGCAACAAAAUGUACGAGUAGCUCCACCGAGCUAUACUACUCUCACAACUAACAAUCACCCACAAGGACAAGGGGGCAGAGGGAACACUUAUACACAGACUAAUGAGGGGAUUAGAACCAGGUGUGUGUGAAUGACAAGACAAGACAAAUGUGAUGAUGAUUGGGGCGGCAGUGGUUAGUAAGCCGGUGACGACGAACGCCGAAGCCUGCCUGAACAAGGAGGGGAGGCGGCCUCGGCCGAAGUCGUGACACCUAUAUUCCGAAGUGUUAUGUUUUAGAUUUGUAUUUUCUUUAGGAAUGUAGUGGAGUAAAAGUAAAGGUUGUCAGUAAAUAAAUAGUAAAGUACAGAUACCCCAUAAAACUACUUAAGUAGUACUUUAAAGUAUUUUUACUUAAGUACUUUACACCACUGAAAACCGGUCAGUAAGGGCAAUGGUGAGAGCUAUUACCAUCAAGUAGGGUGUGGAAGGGGAUGGCGUAUGAGCGUAAACUCUGGCUCCGAGGGUCGAGUGUCGAGUGUUCAAUCCCAGUGCUAGGCACUCGUUUAGAAUUUUGGGAUUUUAACCCUAUCCCAAACCUUAACUCUUACCUUAACAAUUUGGAAUGAAUGCCUAAACUUAACCUUCGAAAUGUAUGUUAAUGGUAAAACAUCAGAUUCUGCAAUGACACUGUGAGAGCUUGUUGGUCAUUCCACCAAUUAGGUGCCCUUGAGUAGUAAAAAACCCAGUUUUAUUUCACUUAAUUUUAACAUUCUGUCAUAAAGAACAAAUGUUCAACUUCAUAAAAAACAUGUUUUUCCAUCUCAACAGGUUAAAUUAAAAAAGGACUAUAGUAAGUUCCUGUUAAAGUAAAGAUUCACCCAUUUUGAAUAUUAUAUUGUUUUUGUGCAUCUCUGAGCAAUGUUCUAUCGGUUCCCUGGGUCAAUUCAUGUUUUCAUGUGUAUCUGAGAAAUUGCUGUUCAUACAGACAGAAAUUUGGCAGGUAUGAGGUAGCGUUGAGAUAAAGCUGCUCUCACUACUCUGGAAGUUAAUAGGAUAACGACUUUUAGAUCGCGAAAACGUCUAUCAUACAUGUCAGAUUUCAAUACUGGCCGAUGUCAUAACGCGGUAGGUUGUCUUCUCUCGAAUGAGCCAUUGAUCAUAUUGUAAUGACCCGGGUUGGGUUAUAAAGGAAAAGGAGACGGACACCAGGUGUGCAGGGCAGAACACAGGUUUAUUCCUAAACUGAGCUAUUGUUCAGGCCACAGCCCACGCCGCUAAAUUCAGAACGUACGCAAAUACACAAUGUCAUGUUAAGUGGCAGACUCAUAGGAGCAGGUCAGGACCCCGAAUAGAAAGAGAGAGAGAUGAGACAGUAGCCCCUAUUUAUGCAUUUCAAAACCCUGCGGGAUUACCCAUCAUACCCCCCAACCUUUCUGUCUGUCCUGGCAUAUUUAACCCCUGCUAGCACCCAUGAGAACAAUAACACACCCACGAACACAGAACACAAUACCGGGUCGUUACAAUAUUUCUGCGAUAUUCCUACCUCGAGAAACUUGUAAUUGAACAGAGGGUCUAACACAUUUCUCAUAUAAAGCUGGAGACGUUUAGUAGCUCGGAGAAGAUAUUCCCUGAAGUGGGGGACUAUUGUAAUGGUCUAAGUGGGAAGGACGCUCAGCGGAUCGGAAACUGUCUGACCUUUGAGAACCAGGAGGCCUUCAGUAAACAGUGGAACUGUGAGGAUAUGGAGGAGGAUGGUUCAGGUAAACCAGAGGAGAGCCAUGAGAGCAUAGCACAAAAUCUGCCUGAUUUGCUACUGGUGCUGGGGGGGGGAAAGCCCUUAGUUGGACACACGGUCAUCUCUGUGUGGCAGAUGACACUGGCUGACCUCUGACCUUUCCUAUCGGACCUUGUAGUCAUGGCAGAUAAUAUUCAAAUUUUUGGUGACUUUAAUAUUCACAUGGAAAAGUCCACAGACCCACUCCAAAAGGCUUUCGGAGCCAUCAUCGACUCAGUGGGUUUUGUCCAACAUGUCUCCGGACCUACUCAUUGCCACAGUCAUACCAUGGAUCUAGUUUUGUCCCGUAGAAUAAAAACUGUGGAUCUAAAUGUUUUUCCUCAUAACCCUGGACUAUCAGACCAUCAUCUUAUUACGUUUGCAAUCACAACAAGGACCAUCAUAAGCUCUGUCAGAUUUCAAUACUGGCCGAUGUCAUAACGUAGGUUGUCUUAUCAUAUUUUUGCGAUAUUCCUACCUCGAGAAACUUGUAAUUGAACAGAGGGUCUAACACAUUUCUCAUAUUUGUCUGCCUCUUCAGUCCAGGGUGCAUUGCAUGGUGCCAUUGCAAAUGUUAGACACCAGUCUGAGACACCUCGAUCUGCAGAUGAGAUUGUAGACUCCUAAAUUGAUAGUGCAGUUUGUUUAGGUGAUUUUACAGCUAACUAGCUACUUCACAUGCUGAUAUUGAUUGUGUGUAGCUAGGUUUGCUAGCUAGCUACCUUGCCAGCCCAUAGAGAGAGAAUUGCAAUGUGGGUUUUGUAGUCAACUUGAGCUGCAACAGAUUUCCACAACAGUUUUCACAUGUUGCUACCAACCUUAUUAUAACGAAAAAAUGAAAUAUUUGUUCACCCAAAAAUAUUGUUCUCACAUAUUAGUGUUAGGUAACACUGUAAAUUAUAGGAAUGAGUGGUUUUGGGUGGAUUUCUCAUUUAAGUGCCUAAUACAGUAACAGGGUUGACCUUAACAGGGUUGACAACUGUAACAAAGGGAUUUAAAUCAUCCAUAAAUCCCCUUGUGACGGGGGAAUGAAAGCUUGUUUUGUGCAACCGGGAAGGGCUUUACAAUGAUGGUGAAAACUUGAUGAGAAGGCACAGAGUUGUCAAAAGCAUUUAUUCAUAUUAAAAAAUCUGUCUGUUAUGCAUAUGCUGAUAAAUAUAAAAUAUAUUACAUAUAUAUGCAAUGUGCUCUCACUCCACAUGAUGGCGCCAGGUACCAACGAAGAUUGUUGGUAGUUCACACACAAUCAAUGAAUGAACACAGUCAAGUGGCUACAGAGAAGCCUUUACAGGAAUGGCCCCAUGGGCAAAAUGACUUUGACCCCUGGUCUAAAGGCUCUCUCUGUCAAUCAUGAUGAAGACCACUGAAUAUGGGCAUGAUUUAGAGUGUAGUAGGCCUAUGAAGCAAAAGCCCUGUUGAGUCAUGUUGCUUUGACCCUAUUUGUGCAGUGGUAUAGGGUUCAGCUUCAUGAAUGGCAUAAAUGAUUAUUAGAAUUCAAGGCACACUUAACCAGCAUGGCUACCACAGCAUUCUGCAGCGAUACGCCAUCCCAUCUGGUUUAGGUUUAGUGGGACUAUCAUUUGUUUUUCAACAGGAUAAUGACUCAACACACCUCCAGGCUGUGUAAGGGCUAUUUUACCAAGCAGGAGAGUGAUGGAGUGCUGCAUCAGAUGACCUGACUUCCACAAUCCCCCGACCUCAACCCAAUUUGAGAUGGUUUGGGAUGAGUCGGACGGCAGAGUGAAGGAAAAGCAGCUAACAAGUGCUCAGCAUAUGUGGGAACUCCUUCAAGACUGUUGGAAAAGCAUUCCAGGUGAAGCUGGUUGAGAGAAUGCCAAGAGUGUGCAAAGCUGUCAUCAAGGCAAAGGGUGGCAAAUUAAAGAAUCUCAAAUAUAAAAUAUAUUUUGAUUUGUUAAACACUUUUUUGGUUUCUACAUGAUUCCAUAUGUCUUAUUUCUAAGUUUUGAUGUCUUCAUUAUUAUUCUACAAUGUGAGAAAUAGUACAAAUAAAGAAAAACCCUUGAAUGAGUAGGUGUGUCCAAACUUUUGACUGGUACUGUACAUCAAGGUCUAACAGCCCUUGCUUUCUGGUCGUCAUCUUGGCACUUUCCUCAAAAAUAAUGAACAGAGAGUUUUCAGAUUAAUGACUCAACAGUGUAGUGGAUGUUUACGCAAUGGGUGGCACUGUUUAUUUUAUUUUUCCCUGUGCGUAAAAGCGCACAGAUGGCACGGGCCUUUCAGUAUGAACACUGCAUUAUGAACAGUAUCCCAUUGCAGUACAUUUCCAAAAUGUAUCUAUAAGUCCCGAGUUAUCUACGUACAAAACACAGAAACAGAGAAACACACACACACACAGGCCUAUGUCCCUAUGUGACUAUCUAACAAAGCUUCUGCCUGGAAAAAUAAAUAUACUGUUGCCUAAUCCACGACCACGCUUGAACGUUGGCUAAUGCGACAGUUCACUUGCCACACUAACCUACAUCAAGGUCAGGACGUGUUGAUAUAUUUAGACAGCCUUUGCUUUCUGAUCGGCGUCUUGGCACUUUCCUCAAAUAGAAUUAACUGAGGUUUCAGAUUAAUGGCUCAAUAGUGUAGUGAAAGUGUUUCAACAAAAGGUGGCGCUGUUUAUUUCGUUUUUCCUCGUGUGUAAAAGCGCACAGAUGGCACGCAUCUUUCAGUAUGGACACUGCAUUAUGAGCGGUAUCCCAUUGCAGUCAAGUAAUUUGCCUAUCAUGGGUUAUCUACAUACAAAACCGAGUCGUUCAAUGUCGGAACUUGUGAGUACCUUACAAAAAUGUGACGGUUAAAACACAUUGUGUGUGUGUGUUAUGUGCGUCCGUGUUUAUAUUUGUUCGUUUCAUCUGUUUGUUUGUUUCAGAUACCGUAAUACCAACAUAUAGGCCUAUAUAAAAUCCUUCCAUUGCCGAAAUAGCUCCAUAUUUAUUAAAAAUGACAAUCUGUUUUAGGCUUAUAAUAAUAAAUAAAUAAAUUAUGAGGUAAUGAAGUGUAAAAUCAUAAUGUAGAAAUUUAUAUUUGGGGUUAAAAGGUGUCACUACUGUAUUCUAGUGCUUUUUAUUGUAACCAUAGGAAAGUCUUCCUCUCUCCAUCCUGCGCUAUGCUUUCCUUCCAGAUAGUUUUAGCAGCGGUGUAUAAUCCCUUGCGUCCUGUUGGUGGAACUCCCCACGUGGUUUCAACUCCUGUAUAAAAACUUUCGGUGUGCGGUGGGCUCCGUGUUGUGAUUGCAAAGGAGAAAAUUGUAAAGAUAGCAGCAUCUCUUUCAGGACGCAGAGUCGUCCCAUACACAAGCGCAUAAGGUAGUCUACUCAAACUCACCAGUAGACAAACAAGACAGUGAUCUAGGGAUGAGUUGGGUAUGAAUUGGAUUGCAAUUUAGUUGGAUUCCUAAAGUUGCGUUUAUAGGAGUGAUUUUAAUGUAAAGGCAGUGGUAACCUCAUAUUCGCGACUUCACAUCAGACGUUUCGCCUCCUGAUCGACGGAUACAAAGCCCGCGUACCGGUGAGAUACUAAAUGUGGUUUGCAAAGGUUAUGGAAUGUAAUAAUUCGUUUUGUUAAGUUUGAAGUAAUGGCAUGCCAGACGCGGUAGUGCCAUUCAGUUAGCCUCCAACACACUGUGAUCAUUUCGAAUUCGCCGGUCAAGAACGCCGGUCAAGAACCAGCACCUCUGGAAUUGUGCUUUAGAGGAGAACUGGACUGUAGUGCACUUCACAAAAAGGACCCAAGCUUUACAGGGCUCGAGAGGAAGCAAAUAAGAAAAUAUGGAAUAAUCAAUUUGCUCUUGACAGCAACCUCUUUGGAAUACAAAAACCACAUGGACUGUUUUGGAUUACCCUAACGUGUGCAUCAAUCAUAGUUCCAUGUGUAAACUAUUCCCGGUGGCCCAGGGGUAGAUAUUUACCGGGAUGGAAAACUUGUGAAGUAGCCUAACCCUCUUUCUUUGCUCUCUGUAUUCAAUAACCAAAAUUCUUCCUCUCCAGCGUGCUUGGGAAUUCCAGUCUCAAAAAGAGAAAAUGAGAAGAUAUAAUCUCACAUUGGCUUGUUUAAUGGCUUGCAUACUUUCCAUCCGCUGUACUUUGGGCACAACGGUUACGGGUACGGGCACAACUGGGGCAGAGACUCAAACCGUCGCCCAGGAGUCGUGCGCUUCGUGCGGAAUGCCGGAGGCGUCAGAAAGGGUGGAUAUAGACUUAUUGGAAGCAGUCAAGAGGCACAUCUUGAACAGGCUACAAAUGAGAGAAAGACCCAACAUCACUCAUCCUAUCCCGAAAGCGGCGAUGGUGACAGCGCUGAGGCGGCUUCACGCCGGUAAACUACGAGAAGACGGAAGGGUUGAGAUCCCCAACCUUGAUGGACAGGCUGCCUACAGUAACGAGGUGCAAGAGACGUCGGAGAUAAUCAGCUUCGCAGAAUCAGGUAGCCUAAUUAUCAAUAAUCAGAGCAUUUAUCUAACUCUCAUUUCUCUCCCUUUAUUUUCCUGAGUCAUGACUACAUUUCAAAAGGUGUAGUAGUAGCAUUUAGCACGUUUUCCACUCCGAGGAUUCGAGGAAUUACUAUUCAUAUCAGGACAGCCAUAAUUGCGCAGGCUACAACCCUACAUAAUCACGAUAUAAUUGCCUCAUAAACGAGAUCGAAUGCCUCAUCUGAUGGGAUUUAGUGGGUUUCGUAAAGUUCUCAACCCAGAUAUGUGUAGUCUAUUAUAGCCAAUGCCUUUAAUUUUCGUUUUCUGUUUCAAAGAUAGGCUACUAUUUCCUUAAAAUUCAAGUGCUUUACAACUGUCUUUCACUAAGUCAACAUGACGCAUAACAUUAUUCAACUUGCAUGCAUUCAUUAAUUUAUUCAUUCAUUCAUUCAUUCAUUCAUUCAACAACUCAUUAUAGAAUCAAACCUUAAAUGACCCCCAUGUGUUGUCUAGGGAAUAGUAAAGAACCCUGAGUCCCAUUUCAGCAGUAAAACGUGCUUAGGCAUAGAGCUCUAUUUUAAGGGAAAACCCACUCAAUUGGCCAUUUAUCGAACUUUCUAAAAAUGUGUAUGUAGCUAAGUCUUAAGGGUCCAAAGAGAAACCCCUCCUUUCCCCCUUCAUGUACACACAAACAUACACACACACACACACACACACACACACACAGAGAGAGCGAGACACACAGAGAGACACACAGAGAGACACACACACACACUCAAAUCUAUUGUCUGUUAACAACUGAAACCCAUAAUUGCCAGGUUAGUGCGGUGAGAACAUAAUAUUUUUAGAUGUUUGUUUGUUUAGCAGUGAAAGCAUACCAUUAAGAAACAAAGUGAGAUGCCGGUCCCACAGUGCAAUGCUGUAGCACACAGUAUACAUUCAGCCUGGAUGGGUUCCUAGCUGUCGCCCUCCAAUAGGAACAAUGGCGAUUCUAGCAUGUAAAUCUUGGUGGGGAAAACAUUUUUAUUGUGGGAUGCAUGCCAACAAAGCCACUAAACAACACAAUACUAAACAAUACAUUAAUUGCACUAUAAUGGUGACAAACGGUGCCCACAAACUGUUAGGGCCUACAUAAAGCUGUCCCAACAGCAGAGUCCCAACAGCAGUCCCAACACCUUACCACUGCUACACCUGGCUAUCAGCGGAGCCUUGUCUGGCAGUGAAACAGUUCAUUCAGCCUCAUUUACUGCCUUUAAAAAAACAUAGCUGAUAUGGCUGACUUGCUUAAACAAAUGUGGUUUCUACUGACAAUUGAGAUGUACAAACUAUGGCAUAAGGGGACGACAAGCAGAUAAGAGGCAAUCCGAAAUUUCGAUUAAGACAUUAAUGAGCGAGCCAGGACAGACGUAGUCAAAAUAACUAUUUGGUCAGCACUUUUGAAAUGUACAGCAACAGAAUUCAGAACAUGGGCCGUUCUUACAGUGUUCUCCCUGUACACCAAGUCAGAACCGUAGGAUAAAUAAAGGGGGCAUAUAAGCAGACAAUGAAAGCUCUUACAAUAUUCGAUGAUUACAUUUCUCAAAAACAGGUUAUAGGCUACACAUGCACCACUGAGUCAGAACAGUAGGCGAAAUUAAGAGGUGAAAAUAUACCAAAUUAUUAGGGUGAGGUACAUGGGCUACUAACAGCUUACUACACAACAGUCACUUAGUAUUACUUUCUUAGUUACAGUAUACAUAUCUCCCUGGCAUAUUACAUCAUUUAUGCAGCAGCAUAUAAGACAUUUUUGGACUCAUCUUGAUGUGAUGUGCUCACUUGAACAGGAAGGUGGCGCGGCGGUCCUUUGUGGGCAAAUUUUGUCAUCAAAGAAAGAGAAAGAGGCCGGAUUUACAAUUCUGAGUUGGAUGACCGUUCAAAACAUAUUUUCCCAGUCUGAGCUCAUUUAUUCCCGACUUCCCAGUUGCAAUGCUUGCAGUUAGCCACUGUCACCGAUUCCUUCCAAACCACUCAUUGUUGAAUUUGCGAUUUCCAACUUGUUGUGUGAUGUUUACGUUUUAUCUAUAAUUUCUCUUCGUUAUUUCUCUUCAUAUGACAAGGAUUAAAAAGGAUUUGCCAGUAGAUUGUUGACUUGAUUCAUGAUGAUGACUGCUAGCUAAGAUUAUGAAAGUAAGAUGUUGACAUGAUCAGUCCAAUCAAAGCUACUGUACAUAUAACGUGAUUUGACAUCAUUAUAUCUGUGGCGAAUGACAUUGAGCCUUCUUGGAAGGGCACUUCUAAUGUAACUCUAUGGCAGGACCCAAAGGGCUUGAAUUUUCGAUGUCUACCCUUACUAAGGACUUAUACUUGGCGGUGACAUAGUGUCCCCAUGAGUGACAGAACACUGAGACAAUCACGGCGCAAUGCUCCUAUUUUCUGCUGGUUUACCCCACCACCACAGAAAGCACUGAGCUAGGCUGAAACACCUGCAUUGUGGAGCUGCUUUACUCAAGAAAACCAAAAAGAGACCAUGUUUGUAUGCAGCUUUAUUAAGUCAAUGAUAUAUUCAUUUUUUUACAUUGUUUGCAAACUGAUAUGUGACACGUAUUAAUGCCAAAAUAAGAUGCAAAACAGGCAAGGCAAAAAAAAAAAUAUAUAUAUAUAUAUUUUUUUUUUUUUUUUGCUAAAAUGUGGGGCUCAAAACAGGUGGGGCUCUGCCCCACCUGCCCUGAAUGACGGGUCGCCACUGAAUAGGAAUGAUGUGAGCACACUCAUGACAAGGGAACAAAAGCAAGGCAAUUAUUGGGAGAGCACUGUGCAUUCUUGCUAAACCCAAUAUGUCAACAUUCAGAACAAAAAGCAUGAGAAAACAAAAGAAAACGCUCAGAAUAAUGCAUGAGACAUUUGAGUCGCCGGUCGUGGGUUCGGGGGAUGGAGAGAUGGAGGAGGGGGGAGGGGGUGUAUGGUGUGCCCAUAUCUCAGUUUUCUAAAGAAUGCUUUUGUCAUAUAAAGGUUCAUCCAACCAGGCCUCUUUGCUUUUUUCCAUUAUACACGAUACCUUUGAGCCUUUGUGCAGCAUUGUGCCAUGGAACUGGCUUUGCUCCCUGCUCUCUAGACCCCCUCUGCCUUCAGGCCAGCUGGCACUCACCCCCAGAGCCCAGGCUGCCAGCAAGGGCAUGGAGAGAGGGACAAGGCCCCUAGAUCGGCCUGGAGAGAGGCAGCUAGACCAGGCCCAGGCACAGGCCGGGACCCAAGCAGAGGGACUUUAAUGAUGAUGUCACUGUCAAAGAUCAAGGUGUGUAGGUAGGGGCCUAUGGGAGUUUCUGGUGCGCAUUACUGGAUGGCUGGUAGGGGCCUAGGGAAGUUUGUGGUGGGCGUUACAGAAUGGCUGGUAGGGACCUAGGGGAGUUUGUGGUGGACAUUACUGGAUGGCUGGUAGGGACCUAGGGGGAGUUUGUGGUGGACAUUACUGGAUGGCUGGUAGGGACCUAGGGGAGUUUGUGGUGGACAUUACUGGAUGGCUUGUAGGGACCUAGGGGGAGUUUGUGGUGGGCAUUACUGGAUGUCUGCAAAGUAUCAGGCAAAAAAGUGUUGUAUGAAGGUGUGGGACGCUGUCCUCUCUAGAGCGAGCCAGCUAUAGCUCUUAUCUCUUAGUCAGCAUUCAGUCUCAUGACCGCCUAGCAGAGCAGAGGCUGAGGCUUGCUGCCAAGGUUCCAGGUAAGGAACAGUGCCAAGCACCCAUCUCUUAUGACACAGUCCCGCGUACCCUCGCUUUGGUGGAGGGAUUCAAUGUCCCGUAACCACGGGAGCGGAGCGGAGUGCAGGGGGAGAUGUGUGCAUCUCGAUUGUCGUUGGUAUAGCCGCUUGGACCUGUUGAACUCCCUGUGACUCCGGUCCAAGACACAAAUGAGGACUUCAUUAUUGGAUGUCAUUAACUCUGGCCCAGUCCUUGGGGUGUGUCCCAAAUGGCACCCUAUUCCCUAAAUAGUACACCAAUUUUGACCAGAGCUUUAUAUAGGGAAUAGGGUGCCAUUUGGGAUGUUGCCCUCACAGGCCUAUAGGGCUGGCUGCUUGGUUUACUCUGGUACAGUCUUUCAUGAAGACACGUCAAUCAUGCCCUGUCUGAAGCUGCUCCAGGCCGCUCCACACACACACUCAAUCCAAGUGUGUGUGUGUGUGUGUGUGUCAGGUGCUCUGACUGACUGUAGAUUCACCCCUUGCUCAUACAUCAUUAUGCAUGUGCUGAUUUUCAAAGCUUUUAUUAAACCAUCAAGAGUUAAGCUUUUUAAGUACAACUUCAAACUCACUCCUCCACCACUACCAGCAAAGCAGCUUACUAACUACUGGCCAAAAGUCCAGCUCUAUGGGGCUUUAUGGGGCUCUAUGGGGCUCUCUGGGGCUCACCCUGACCUGCUCUGCUCUUUUCCCCUCUCCUCUCCUAUUUCCCUGUGUGGGAAUUGCUGGAGUGCUGAGCUGAGCGCUGUGCUCCAGCAGCCUAAGGGAUGCCUGUCAGAGCCGUGUGUGUGUUUGUGUGUGUCUGACUGCGAGGCAAGGCUCAUGUCAGCACAACGUUGCUCCGCGGCAUUUGGUCUCUGUCGACACAGACUUUGAGUAAUGAGCAUAGCACCCUGCUACAUGCAUGCGUACACACACACACACACACACACACACACACACACACACACACACACACACACACACACACACACACACACACACACACACACACACACACACACACACACACACACACUGCCUGUCGGCCUGUCUGUCUGUCUGCCUGUCUGUCUGUCUGUCUGUCUUCCUGCCUGCCUGUUUGUCUGGCUACCUGGCCUGCCUGACCUGCCUGCCUGUCUGCUUACCAAUUUCUUUGCCUGCCUGCCUGCCUGUUUGUCUGCCUGCCUGUCUAACUACCUGCCUACCUACCUAACUGCCUACUAGGGCUAGGAAUUGCCAGUGAUCUCACAAUACGAUAUCAUCACGAUACUUAGGUGCCGAUACGAUAUGUAUUGCAAUUCUCACGAUUCAAAUGAUUUUAUAUGUAUUGUGACUCAAUACUGCGAUUUUAAUGCGAUUUGAUGUUCCAGACAUUCAGUAUUGCUCGCUAUACAGUAUGUCUGCUGCAGAGAGACAUGAGAGAGCAUGAGAAAAUGAGUUAUGAUCAGUAAUGUAAACAAAAUGGCUGAAAACAUGUUGGCUUACUAUUUAAAAUGAAGAUGGAGAAGAAGCUAUAGGAUGAAAAAUACCAUCGUUUUGGCGCAGGUCCAGCCAACUAGCGUUAGCUAAUGCUACCUAGCAAAAAUAAAUAAAUACAUAUUUUUUACAAAUCAAUACUUGGAGUCAAAGUAAUGAUAUAAAUAGUCCCAUUUCCCCCCCAUCACUACUGCCUACCUGUCUGCCUGCCUAUUUAUCUGCUUGCCUGCCUGUUGUCCGUCCGUGUCUCUGUCUGUCUGUCUGUCUGUCUGUCUGUCUGUCUGUCUGUCUGUCUGUCUGUCUGUCUGUCUGUCUGUCUGUCUGUCUGUCUGUCUGUCUGUCUGUCUGUCUGUCUGUCUGUCUGUCUGUCUGUCUGUCUGUCUCCUCUCUCUCUCUCUCUUUCUCCCUGCCUGCCUUUUUGUCUGCCUGAUUGCCCACCUGCCUACCUAUCUACCUGCCUGUCUGCCUGCCCUGUUGUUGUGUUGGUGCCACAGGUGGGGACACGCUUAGGCAGCUGUAGCUCCAGCAGUGCUAGCUCCAUCCAGAGAGAGAGAGGCCAACCCAGAUAUCACCCUCACCUCCCAUCCCCUGCCCUAACCCUGCCUGGCCCAGGAGCACAUUGACCCCAGUCACACUCAGGCAGCACACCUCCUUGUUUAACUGGUCUCCUCCGUAACCUCCUCCCUCACCUCACCUCCUUCCUGAACUCACCUCCCUCUCACCUAACUCACCUCCCUAAAGCCUGGUUCAAGUACUGGCUAUGUGUUUUUGUGGGAUUUUAGAAAAGCAAAGAAAAGGUAAAUAGUUUAAGUGUUUUCUAGCAUGAUGAUUCUCAAUCCACUUCAGCAUCCAGUUUAAUGUGGCCUAACAUAUUGGUCAUAAAAAAAAUAUAUGUAUUUUUUUCACAGAUGGGAUAUAGGGGUAAAGCUACAGAUACACUCCACCGCAUUUUUUUACAAGAUCAUAUGACCAUGCUUCAGUCCAGACUGUAGUAUCUUUGUUGUUAGAGAUUCAGACUGCCAUCUUUCUCCACUCAGCACUUCAUUGCCUUACACACAGUGUCACUCAGGGCACAAAUAGAGAAACACCCUGGCCUAGGAUCGCCCCUUCUGAUCACUGGGAGCUGUUGAGGCAAGCAGCAAGGCAUGGUAGGAAAUGAGGCAAGGAUAGAUACUCCUGUCCUCGGACCAUGACAGCAGUUAAAUCAGGUGAAAACUGUUAUUGAACCAAUACCUUUACAUCUAUACGUCAGAUGCAUACUUUUCUUCUUACAUUCUUGAGACUGCACCCUGAGGGUUCGGUAUCAAUAUGCCUUGUUCUUUUGUUGUUGCCACAGGGAUGGUUGUUUACACUGUAUGUGUUUGUGUGAGUGUGUGUGGUACUUUGGCUCCCAGCUGACAUACUGUAGCACGAGGCAGAACUAGUCUGAACAGGUCUGUGUGAAAUUAAUUUAAAGUCACUGUUAUUGGAGUACGCUGUAGGCACAGGGUCGCUUUAAAAAGGACCAUCUUUGGUGGCCAGCUGUUGACACCAACUCACGCUAAUCAGUUUGCAAACAAAGUAAUUUAGCCGCUUCAACAUGUGCUCAGCCGAAGACGAUCCUGGCUAACUCUUAAUGGGGUUUUCACAGUAAUUUGGAAGACAUCAUUAGGCUUAAGAAAAUAUAUGGCCGACCCCAAACCCCAUUAUGCCUUAGACAUUUCGAAUCUCUUCAUUGUUUCAUUUUAGAAAGUGGCCAGUGUCAUGUAAAUGGCUUUUAUUUUUGCCUCAUCAUGCUUUUGGUUAGGAGGGCCACGCGCUCAAUGCCAGGCUGCAGCGCGGCUGUCUCCUAAUACCUCACUGGGGUCUUUGUGCUGUCAGUCUCAAAGGCUCCGGGUAGCUCAGGGGUUUUCACAGCAGUGCCUCACAAACACACAAACACACACACAGCACCUCACAGCGAACUCAAUGAACCCCCCGGGGCCCGGGCCUUGUCCCACCCCCCUCCCCUCCUCCGUUCCCCCUCUUCUCUUCUCCUCCAUUCCCCUUCUCUCCUCUAUCUCUGGCUCUGUCGCUUGUCUUCACAAUCAGACCUGAGGCCAACUGGGCCUGCUCCCAGAACUGGGCUGUCAGGAGAAACAGCCUAUAAGGAACUAGGCUAAUGUCAUGUGAUGUGUGAAAAAGAAAGUGGUGGAAGAGAGCAGAGACAGAACUGACUGAACUGCUCCCUCUCUGGCUACCUGCUUUGGGCACCUUGUGGAUGUUUGUCCACUUCUUUCUCCCUCUUAAAAAUGACACUCAGAUGUAGUGUUACAUAACUUUCAUUCACAGAGACACCCACAGAGACACAAGUUGGAAAACUAUGCGUUAAACUUUGAGAAUUUUGUCAACUUUUCUAACCUGCUCUUAAAAAUCAUGUCAGUUUAUUCUCUUGAUCCUUGACUGUACAGCAGAGAUCAUUAACUAGAUUCAGCUUCGGGAUUAUUUUUUUCUUGACCGGAUGGCCAGGGGGCCGGAACAUAAUUACAAAUAAUUUGUAGACUGCAAAUUGACCGCAAGAAGCCCAAACAGAUAUAAUAUUUGACUAAAACUAUAAUAAUUUCAAACUUACAGUUGAAGUCGGAAGUUUACAUACACUUAGGUUGGAGUCAUUAAAACUAGUUUUUCAACCACUCCACAACUUUUUUGUUAACAAACUAUAGUUUUGGCAAGUCGGUUAGGACAAGUAAUUAUUCCAACAAUUGUUUACAGACAGAUUCUUUCACUUAUAAUUCACUGUAUCACAAUUCCAGUGGGUCAGAAGUUUACAUACACUAAGUGGACUAUGCAUUUAAACAGCUUGGAAAAUUCCAGAAAAUUAUGUCAUGGCUUUAGAAGCUUCUGAUAGGCUAAUUGACAUUAUUUGAGUCAAUUGGAGGUGUACCUGUGGAUGUAUUUCAAGGCCUACCUUCAAACUCAGUGCCUCUUUGCUUGACAUCAUGGGAAAAUCAAAAUAAAUCAGCCAAGACCUCAGAAAACAAAUUGUAGACCUCCACAAUUCUGAUUCAUCCUUGGGAGCAAUUUCCAAACACUUGAAGGUACCACGUUCAUCUGUACAAACAAUAGUACGCAAGUAUAAACACCAAGGGACCACGCAGCCAUCAUACCGCUCAGGAAGGAGACGCGUUCUGUCUCCUAGAGAUGAACGUACUUUGGUGUGAAAAGUGCAAAUCAAUCCCAGAACAACAGCAACGGACCUUGUGAAGAUGCUGGAGGAAACAGGUACAAAAGUAUCUAUAUCCACAGUAUGGCAGCAUCAUGCUGUGGGGGUGCUUUGCUGCAGGAGGGACUGGUGCACUUCACAAUAUAGAUAGCAUCAUGAGGAAGGAAAAUUAUGUGGAUAUAUUGAAGCAACAUCUCAAGACAUCAGUCAGGAAGUUAAAGCUUGGUCGCAAAUGGGUCUUCCAAAUGGACAAUGACCCCAAGCAUACUUCCAAAGUUGUGGCAAAAUGGCUUAAGGACAACAAAGUCAAGGUAUUGGAGUGGCCAACACAAAGCCCUGAUCUCAAUCCUAUAUAACAUUUGUGGGCAGAACUGAAAAAGCGUGUGCGAGCAAGGAGGCCUACAAACUUGACUCAGUUAUACCAGCUCUGUCAGGAGGAAUGGGCCAAAAUUCACCCAACCUAUUGUGGGAAGCUUGUGGAAGGAUACCCGAAACGUUUGACCCAAGUUAAACAAUUUAAAGGCAAUGCUACCAAAUACUAAUUGAGUGUAUGUAAACUUCUGACCCACUGGGAAUGUGAUGAAAGAAAUAAAAGCUGAAAUAAAUAAUUUUCUCUACUAUUUCACAUUCUUAAAAUAAAGUGGUGAUCCUAACUGACCUAAGACAGUGAAUUUUUACUAGGAUUAAAUGUCAGGAAUUGUGAAAAACUACGUUUAAAUGUAUUUGGCUAAGGUGUAUGUAAACUUCCGGCUUCAACUGUAGCUUACAUUUGUAUACAAUCAUAUUAUUAUGUGUGGGAAUACUUUGGAACAGAUUUCCAAAAUUAAAAUCACUUGGUGCUGAUUUGCUGGUGUUUUUACAGUCUUUUAUGUCCAAUAAUUAUAUAUAUUUUUUUGUGCUCACAAAACUUGGGGGGCCAAAUAGUUGGGGAACCGUGCUGUAAAGUAUAGAUCACUAUAUAUCACUAAACCCACAUUUCCCUCUCUUCUUUUCUUGAUCAGAUGAGCUGGCUUCAUCUCAAGCCUCUAAGUCCAGCCUCUACUUCCUCAUCUCCAGUGAAGGGAACCAGAACCUGUAUGUGUCUCAGGCCAACCUGUGGCUCUACUUCAGGCUGCUGCCCACCGGCUCCGAGAAAGGGCAUCGACGAAAAGUCACAGUUAAGAUCCACUACAAGGAGGCAGGGACUGGGACUGCAGGUGGAGCCGGGGGAGGAACAGGGCCAGGGGGAGGAGGUCGGUGGACCCUGGUGGAGAAACGUGUGGACCUUAAGCGCAGCGGCUGGCACACCUUCCCCCUGUCAGAGGCCGUGAGGGCUGUGUUUGGUAAGGGCGGCCGGCGACAGGACCUUGAGGUGCACUGCGAAGGCUGUGAGGCGUCCAACGUGGUUCCUAUCUUAGUCGACCCAGCGGACCCCUCACACAGGCCCUUCCUGGUGGUCCGGGCGCGGCAGGUGGAAGGGAAGCACCGCAUCAGGAAGAGGGGGCUGGAGUGUGACGGGAGCAGUGGAGGCCUGUGCUGCAGGCAGCAGUUCUACAUAGACUUCCGCCUCAUUGGCUGGAACGACUGGAUCAUCGCACCUGCGGGUUACUACGGUAACUACUGUGAGGGGAGCUGCCCGGCGUACAUGGCGGGGGUACCGGGGUCAGCAUCGUCGUUCCACACGGCGGUGGUCAACCAGUACCGGAUGAGGGGCAUGAGCCCCGGCUCGGUCAACUCCUGUUGUAUCCCCACCAAGCUCAGCACCAUGUCUAUGCUGUACUUCGACGAUGAGUACAACAUAGUAAAACGAGACGUGCCCAAUAUGAUAGUGGAAGAGUGUGGCUGUGCCUGA